AUGUUUGCCGUGCAAUGCAACAAUUUUGUUGUUUACUACUUUAUCUGCUUAAACAACUCCGCCGUCUCUUUCUAUCUCACAACUGGAAUUUUUAGAGAGAGAGAGAGAGAGAGGGAGAGAGAGGAAGAGAUGGUGUGGUUUGGGUGUUGGAUUGCACUACUAGUGGUGGUUGGUGGUGGCACCACGGUGGUGGUGGGUGGAGCAAACGUGAGUUAUGAUGGAAGAUCACUUAUUAUUGAUGGGAAGCGUACGAUUUUGUUCUCGGGUUCAAUUCAUUAUGCAAGAAGCACCCCUGAUAUGUGGCCAUCUUUAAUAGCUAAAGCCAAGCAAGGUGGUCUUGACGCCAUUCAGACAUAUGUGUUUUGGAACCUCCAUGAGCCACAACCUGGCCAGUAUGAUUUUAGUGGAAGAAAUGACGUAAUAAGUUUCAUUAAGCAAGUCCAACAACAAGGUCUGUAUGUAAGCCUACGAAUUGGACCCUUCAUUGAGGCCGAAUGGACUUAUGGAGGUUUGCCAUUUUGGUUGCAUGAUGUUCCUGGGAUUGUCUUCAGAACCAACAACGAACCUUUCAAGCUUUACAUGCAAAACUUCACAACCAAAAUAGUCAACAUGAUGAAGGAAGAAAACCUGUUUGCUUCACAAGGAGGCCCAAUUAUUCUAUCACAGAUAGAGAAUGAGUACCAAAAUGUUGAAGGAUCAUUUCAUGAUGAUGGACGACAGUAUGUCAACUGGACUGCAACAAUGGCGGUGGGUCAAAACACUAAUGAACCAUGGAUGAUGUGCAAACAAGAUGAUGCCCCUGAUCCUGUGAUCAACACGUGCAACGGGAUGAGAUGUGAGGAAACAUGGAAAGGGCCAAACUCUCCAAAUAAGCCUUCACUAUGGACUGAGAAUUGGACUUCAUUUUUACAAGGAUUUGGAGAUGAUGCAUACCUGAGAUCAGCUGAAGAUCUUGCCUUUCAUACGACACUGUUCAUAAUAAAGAUGAAUGGAACCUUUGUCAAUUAUUAUAUGUACCAUGGAGGAACGAACUUUGGACACACUUCUGCAGCAUUUAUCAUUACUGGUUAUUAUGAUCAAGCUCCGCUUGAUGAAUAUGGCAUUAUCAGACAACCAAAAUUCGGCCACCUUAAAGAAAUGCAUGCAGCAUUGAAGCAAUCUUUGCAACCAUUACUCUAUGGAGAUUUAGCUAUUGAACAUUUGGGUGAAAAACAAGAUGCGUAUGUCUACACCAGAAGUUCAGGUGAAUGCGCUGCAUUUCUUCUUAAUAACAACAGCAGAGAAAGUGUCAAUGUUGUAUUUCGUAAUAUGCACUACACUUUGCCACCAACUUCGAUUAGCAUCUUACCUGAUUGCAGAACUGUAGUCUUCAAUACUGCCAUGGUAAACACACAAGUUAGUACACGAGCAAUGCAGCCAAUCAUACGCUUCACUUCGGCUGAACAAUGGGAAGAAUUCACUGAAGUUAUCCCUGAAUUUGACCAGACCUCAUUGAGGUUUAAUGGACUGAUGGAACAAAUGAAUACUACAAAAGACUCAUCAGAUUAUCUUUGGUACACGUUAAGAGUGGAGAAUAACUUCUCUGAAGAUCAACCUAUGCUUAGAGUAAAUUCUAAUGGACAUGUUUUACAUGCAUAUGUUAAUGGAGAUCUUGUUGGUGCUGGACAUGGAACCCGUAAAUUUACAAACUUCACAUUGGAAAACACUGUUUCUUUCUCAAACGGAUCCAACAAUGUUUCCCUCCUGAGUGUAAUGGUUGGAUUACCGGAUUCUGGAGCAUUUAUGGAGCGUAGACGUGCAGGGUUACAAGAAGUGAUGAUUCAAGAUCAAAACGUCUCAAGCUCCUUGUGGGGAUAUCAAGUUGGAUUGCUUGGGGAGAAGCUCUCAGUUUACACAGAGGUAGGCUCGAGUCAUGUAUCAUGGAGCGAGUAUUCAUCUCCUGGUACUCUAACAUGGUAUAAGACAAUAUUUGACUCGCCUAGGGGUAACGAGUCGAUUGCACUAAACCUGGGUUCAAUGGGGAAAGGUGAAGUUUGGAUCAAUGGCCAAAGUACAAAUGUACCCAGAUCUUUCCUUCAACCAACAGGAAACCUACUGGUUUUGUUCGAGGAAGAAUAUGGAAACCCGCUAAACAUUUCAUUAGAUACUGUUUCGAUUAACAAAGUUUGUGGGCAUGUAUCAGAUGCACAUCCUCCUAGGAUAAAUCCAUGGGGAGCACAUCGUCGCUAUCCAUGGAGGCCAAGGCCAAGAGUUCAUAUAUGGUGUCCGCAUAAUCGAAUUAUCUCCAGGAUCAUAUUUGCAAGUCAUGGUAAUCCUUCUGGUGACUGCGAGAGGUACUCCAUUGGGAAAUGUCAUUCGCCUACUUCUCGACGUGUCGUUGAAAAGGCUUGCUUAGGGAAAAGGCAAUGUUCCAUUUCUCAUACGGUAGAAACUUUUGGAGGAGACCCAUGUCCAGGCACGCCUAAGACGCUUUUGGUGGAUGCACGAUGUGAAUAAGAACACAUAGUUUACAAUUCGAUUCUUUAAUUUGCGCAUAGAAGAAGUCAUAAAAGAUGUUAGUGAGAUGAUAAUUUGUUAUUAGAAUUCAAUAUGAAUGC